UCUUCAAAUCGAAUAAAUCUUUCGCCUUUUACUAAAGAUUUCCGUGGAGAGGAACGACCAUGAGUUUCAUUGAGUUAUAACUCUCAGCCAAAGCGAUGGAGACCGGUUCUGUGAGGAAUACGCUCUGUUUUCAGGUGAAGCCUGGAUGUGUGACUAGAGUCGAGCUGGGAUCGUUUGUGAAACAGAUACUAAUGAAAGAGCUUGAGAUUCAGGUAAAAGACAUCUUCUGCCUGCAGGAUUAUGCAUCACCUAGAUCAUAUGAUGUGACUUUCUAUAGUGAAUCUCUGUGUGUGGAUAUUUUUGAAAGAUUUAAGGCAAAGAGAAACAUGGCUCCUUUGGAGAUUUUUGAUGUACUCCCGCUAUCUUUCAUGGAAGAAAAACCUCUUAUUUUGCACAUGUUUAACCCGUUUACUGAUUUGGGUCUGAUUCUGGCCUUUUUGAAAAAGUACUGCAGUAAAAUUAAAGGAGGUAUAAGGCAAACAAAUUGCUUUAAAAUAUUUAAUGGAAACCUGAAAUUUUGGGUGAAGCUCAGGCCUGACCCGGAUGGCAUUGGAGGGGUUAAGCACCCUCCAGCAAAUUUUUCUAUUGCUGGAAACAGGGGUUUUUUGUAUUACCCUGGCCAACCCAAGUACUGUAGGCAAUGUUUCACUUAUGGCCAUAUCCGUGAUGACUGCCCUAAGGGUAAGUGCUGCCGCAAUUGUGGUAAUGUGGGCCAUGAAGCUGGUGCUUGCAUGCAACCAAGGCUGUGUGAUAUAUGCGGAAGCCAGGAGCAUCCAGCUAGAAACUGCCCAAGAGUUUCAGCAGCUAGGGUGUCCUAUGCAGAGAUUGUGAAAAGGGCUGAACCACCUAAGGCUGAAGUGGUGAGAGAAACUGGAGGUGGGCUGUCUCUGUCUGACAAUUCUGAAAAUGUUGUUGCUGAAACUGAAUUAUUAACUGUGAUUGAGCCAACAGCUGAGGAGGCUACACUGGAGAGUGUGGGGGAAGUGCCUAGAGUGGAAGAAGGUGCGGCCCCUGAUGAGAGCCAAACUGCAGGUGUAUUGGAGGAACUCUUGAUUGGUAGUGCUGUGAGUCCACUUUCUGAUGGAAAUAUCGCUGAAGAAAUCGUCUGGGACACGGCUGGGGAUGAGGAAGUGGUGGAGGAGUCAAUGGACGUGCAAAGUGCUGUCCAUCUUAUAAAAGACCUGAUGAAUACUGAUGUUCGCCCAGCACUGCUGAAAGGAUUAGUAGCACUUCUGAAACCCUCACAAAAAGAAAAUAAGAAGUUUAGACCACACAUUUUAGAAGAUACAACUGUUGAACAAUUUUCAGAUCAAUUACCAUAUUUUAUUCAACAAGCAGCAGCGGUGAGGGCCAUAGGAAUGUUAUCUCAGGAAUCAACAGAACUAUGUGAAGAGUUAAUAAAACUGCGUGUAGUACAUAAUUUGCUGUUUGUGAUGGGGAACAGGGACCACAGCGAAAGUCAAAGACAAGCUAGUCUUGUUCUUGAGUAUUAUGUAUUGUCCUUUCCUGUUGUUGAGGAACAAGUAAGAAAAGCAAUUGGUGAUACUCUGUUCCAAAUGCUUAUGGACAAUGCUGAGUCUUUGUAUAUGAAGAUAGACUUGGUCCAAGCUGAUCUUUUAGCAUCCAAUCAAGUGAACAUCCCCAGAGCAAAAGAGGCUACCGAUUGAAAUUUGUGAACAAGAUCACAUAUCAUAUUGGCUUUCAUAAAUAUUCUGUAUUGUUAUUUUCAGUGACUCAUCUUAUUUCGUUUUACCUUUUCUUUAUGUUUCUUUUUUCCUUCUUGUUAAUUUUCUCAUGAUUUUGUUGUUCUGCUAUCAUCUGUAGAUAUAUUAUGGCAUCUUUAUGAUAUGGUUUUUGAUGUUUGUAUGUAUAAGACAGUGUUGUAUUAUUCAUUGUGGGCUUCUCAAUUGCACUUCUACCUUAAUAAUUAUAAAUCAAUAAGAACUACUAAAACCAAAUAAAUAUACUAUGUUUGGGGGCUCAAGAGCAGGGGCACUGCUACCAUGAGGUGAGUUGAGAAACUCGCCUCAGGCGGCAGCGCCCCCGAAGUUACCAGGGGCAGUAAAAAGCCGCUCCUGGUUCUAAAACAGAAUUUACUCUCUGCUAGUAUAAAGAGCGCAAUUGCGCUCUCUACACUAGCAAUGCAGCCCCCCCGGACCCCCUCCGGUGCUGUAAAGGUAAGCAACGUGGGGCGAGCAGGUGCAGCAUCAUAGGAGCCACUUUGGUGGCUCAGGGAAAGAAAAUGCCCCUGCUUAAGAGACAUUCUGUGUAAAUAUUUUCAACUCCACGCAUCCCAAGUAACUCAUUACUCUCUGGAUAAUGGCUGACCAAACCUCAGUGACUAACAUUUUAAGAACACAGGAUAUCUUUAUCCUUAAAGCUCUGACCAAUUGUUGUCAAUAAAUAUGCUGAAAAAUCGAGUGCCUUGUAGCUAUGUAGCAUGAGAGUCAGGUUUCAUUAUCAGCAUAUUUUACUUAGUAGUACCGUAUAUACUCGAGUAUAAGCCGAUCCGAAUAUAAGCCGAGGUACCUCAUUUUACCUAAGAAA